CCCUGACCGGAGCCGCAUGGAGGACCUGGUGGCACCGGGGGCCGGGAGCCCGCCCGCCAAUGGCAACGGCAACGGCGGCGGCAAAGGGAAGCAGGCGUCGCCCAAGGGCCGGGAAGUGUUCCGAAGCCAGCGGCGGGAGUCAGAGGGCUCUGUGGACUGCCCCACUCUGGAAUUUGAGUAUGGAGAUGCAGAUGGGCAUGCCGCAGAGUUGUCAGAAUUGUAUAGCUACACUGAGAACCUGGAAUUCACCACGAACAGGAGGUGCUUUGAAGAAGAUUUCAAGACUCAAGUACAGGGCAAGGAGUGGCUGGAGUUGGAGGAAGAUGCCCAGAAGGCCUAUGUGAUGGGACUCCUGGACCGCCUGGAGGUGGUCAGUAGAGAGCGGCGACUGAAGGUGGCCCGAGCUGUUCUCUACCUGGCCCAAGGCACCUUUGGGGAAUGUGAUUCAGAGGUCGAUGUGCUACACUGGUCCAGAUACAACUGCUUCCUGCUCUACCAGAUGGGGACCUUCUCAGCCUUCCUGGAGCAACUCCACAUGGAAAUCGACAACAGCCAGGCCUGUAGCACUGCUGUUCGAAAACCAGCCAUCUCCAUUGCUGAUAGCACAGAGCUCCGGGUGCUGCUGAGUGUCCUGUACCUACUGGUGGAAAAUAUCCGCCUGGAGCGAGAAACAGACUCCUGUGGGUGGAGGACGGCCAGGGAGACCUUCCGCACUGAACUGAGCUUCUCCAUGCAUAAUGAGGAGCCUUUUGCCCUUCUGCUUUUCUCCAUGGUUACCAAGUUCUGUAGUGGCCUGGCUCCCCACUUCCCCAUAAAGAAGGUCCUGCUUCUGCUCUGGAAGGUGGUCAUGUUUACCCUCGGUGGAUUUGAGCAUCUACAGGCUCUCAAAGUACAGAAGCGGGCAGAAUUGGGCCUGCCGCCACUGGCAGAGGACAGUAUCCAGGUGGUGAAGAGCAUGCGUGCUGCCUCCCCGCCCUCUUAUACCCUGGACCUGGGGGAGUCUCAGCUGGCACCACCACCCUCCAAGUUGCGAGGCCGCCGUGGUUCUCGAAGGCAACUCCUUACUAAGCAGGACAGCCUGGACAUUUACAAUGAAAGAGAUCUCUUUAAGACUGAGGAACCAGCCACAGAAGAGGAAGAGGAGUCGGCUGGCGAUGGAGAACGAACCUUGGAUGGAGAGUUAGACCUGCUAGAACAGGACCCUCUGGUACCACCUCCACUUUCACAGGCACCCCUCUCUGCUGAGCGGGUGGCUUUUCCCAAGGGCCUACCCUGGGCCCCAAAGGUCAGACAGAAGGACAUUGAGCACUUCUUGGAGCUAAGCAGGAACAAGUUCAUCGGAUUCACUCUGGGGCAAGACACAGAUACCUUGGUUGGAUUACCCAGGCCCAUCCAUGAGAGUGUGAAGACCCUAAAGCAGCACAAAUACGUCUCCAUCGCAGAUGUUCAGAUCAAGAAUGAGGAGGAGCUGGAGAAGUGCCCCAUGUCUCUGGGGGAAGAGGUAGUACCAGAGACGCCAUGUGAAAUCCUCUACCAGGGCAUGCUGUAUAGCCUCCCCCAGUACAUGAUUGCUCUGCUUAAGAUUCUGCUGGCUGCAGCUCCCACCUCCAAGGCUAAGACAGACUCUAUCAAUAUUCUGGCAGAUGUCCUGCCUGAGGAGAUGCCCGUCACCGUUCUCCAGAGCAUGAAGCUGGGCAUCGAUGUGAACAGGCACAAGGAGAUCAUUGUAAAGAGUAUUUCUGCCCUGCUCCUGCUCCUCCUCAAGCACUUCAAACUGAACCACAUCUACCAGUUUGAAUAUGUAUCACAACAUCUGGUAUUUGCCAACUGCAUUCCAUUGAUCCUGAAAUUCUUCAAUCAAAAUAUUUUGUCCUACAUCACUGCUAAAAACAGCAUCUCGGUCCUGGAUUACCCUUGCUGUACCAUCCAGGAUUUGCCAGAACUUACUACGGAGAGUCUGGAAGCUGGAGACAACAACCAGUUCUGCUGGAGGAACCUCUUUUCCUGCAUCAACCUUCUGAGGCUGCUCAAUAAACUGACCAAAUGGAAGCAUUCCAGAACCAUGAUGCUGGUGGUGUUUAAAUCUGCUCCAAUCUUAAAGCGGGCCCUCAAGGUCAAACAGGCCAUGCUGCAACUUUAUGUCCUGAAGCUGCUAAAAAUACAGACCAAGUACCUGGGGCGCCAGUGGAGGAAAAGCAACAUGAAAACCAUGUCGGCCAUUUACCAGAAAGUGCGCCACCGUAUGAAUGAUGACUGGGCUUACGGGAAUGACAUCGAUGCCAGGCCAUGGGACUUCCAAGCAGAAGAAUGCACCUUGAGGGCCAACAUUGAGGCUUUUAAUAGCCGCCGAUAUGACAGACCUCAGGACUCUGAAUUUUCACCGGUGGAUAACUGCUUGCAGAGUGUGCUGGGUCAGAGGCUGGAUCUGCCUGAGGAUUUCCACUGUUCAUAUGAGAUCUGGCUGGAAAGAGAGGUGUUUUCACAGCCCAUCUGUUGGGAAGAGCUGCUCCAGAAUCACUAAGCUCUUGUCAACAAAGCAUCUGCUAGAUGGGGUUGGCUCCAAUAAACGGUGCUCUGCCUA